AUGGCUAGGCACCUGAAGACCCUCAUCAAGUUUCGGAGCGGGCCCAUCACCCUGGCUGAGUACAUGUCCGAGGUGCUCACCAAUCCUACAGCAGGCUACUACAUCAACAGGGACGUGUUUGGCACGGCAGGCGAUUUCAUCACAUCCCCUGAGAUAUCCCAAAUGUUUGGGGAGAUGGUGGGGAUCUGGUGUGUCAGCACCUGGAUGCAGAUGGGGAGCCCGCCGAGGCUGAGGAUCGUGGAGAUGGGCCCCGGGAGGGGCACCCUCAUGGCCGACCUGCUCAGGGGAACGGCUGCGUUCCCCACUUUCCACUCUGCCAUACAGGUCGACCUGGUGGAGGACCUGCCCACCCUCUUCAUCGGGCACGAGUUCAUCGACGCCCUUCCCGUGCACCAGUUCCAGAAGACCGGUAGGUGGGCUCGCUGGCGUGGAACGCUCGCGCGCACGCUCACGGACGGGCCGUAUGAGGCCAGCCUGGCCGCCAUCGCGCGGCACCGCUUCCGGCCCCUGCUGCAGGCACCCGGGUCGGCGGACCUGUCCGCACGCGUCGACUUCUCGGCGCUGCGCCAGGCGGCGCGGGGCGCGGGGCAGGGUGUCGCGUGCCACGGGCCCUUGACCCAGGCCUCCUUCCUCCUGGGCCUGGGCAUGGGGGCCAGGCUGGAAGCGCUCCUGCGUGGCGCCGACGCCGGGCAAGCCAGGGACCUGGUGGCCGGCUUCCGGCGGCUGGUGGGGGUGGAGGGGCCGCGGAUGAGCAGGGAGGCUGAGGACGCUGGAGCAGCCGCCGGCGGAGGCGAGGCGCGGGGAGGGGCAGCGGGCGCCGCAGGGCACCCCGGCCCGACGGAGGGCGCCGAAGGGGAAGAGGAGGAAGGAAUGGGCGUGUCCUACAAGGCCAUGUGCAUCAGCUCCAGCGACCUGCCCGUCCCUGCGCCCUUUGACAAGGAAAUCACCGACAUCCGGCGUGACACAGCCUCUGGCGUGACCAUCAGCCCCACAGGGGACAACAUUCGUGAACUUGUGGGCUGCCUCCGAGGCCCUCCUGAUACUCCAUAUGCUGGCGGCUACUUCUAUGUGUCCAUCACACUUGACCAGCAGCACCCCUUCGCACCCCCAAAGAUGAGGUUUCAGAACAAGGUGUGGCACCCCAAUGUGAGCAGCGCCAACGGUGCCAUCUGCCUCGACAUCCUCAAGGAUCAGUGGAGCCCUGCCAUGACCCUCAAGACUGCACUGCUGAGCCUGCAGUCGCUGCUCAGCAGCCCGCAGCCAGAUGACCCUCAGGAUGCCGUGGUCGCCCGCCAGUGUCUCACAGACCCUGCAGAGUUCCAAAGAACAGCAAGGUUGUGGACGGAGAGCUUUGCGCAGGAGCGACGAGCUGAUGCGGCCAAGCUGGGGCGAUUGACAGACAUGGGGUUUGACCGGGGCGCGGCAGAGGCAGCGCUGCUCGCAGCAGGGGGAGAUGAGAAUGCCGCCCUGGAGGCACUGCUGGGAGGAGGGUGA